GGCUAAUAAAAAAUACGAAGUGGCCAGACAAAUGACCUACGCUGAGUUCCCUCAAAAAUUUGUAUGGAAAAGUAAAUUAAGGGAAUGGAUGCCAAGAAAGAAAGCAUUUGCCAUUGGACGAAUAUACUAUGUUCCUCCGGGAUGUGGGGAGUCCUACUAUAUGAGAUGCUUAUUGAACCAUAUUCGCGGUGUUACAUGCCAUGAAGAUUUGAGGACUAUAAAUGGUGUAUUAUAUAAUUCAUAUCGUGAAACUUGCUACGCUUUGGGCCUUCUAGACGAUGACAAAGAGUUUGUAGAUGGUUUUACUGAGGCAAGUGAUUUUGCGACAGCGUUUGCAUUGAGGAUACUUUUUGUGAUAUUGUUGUGGUCGGAAUCCAUGAGUCGACCAGAAUUUGUUUGGGAGAAAUGUUGGAUAUAUAUGGCUGAAGAUAUUCAGUACAAACUGCGCAAAAUGUAUCAACAUCCAGGAUUUGUAAUGGACAAUGAGCAAUUGCAUAUGGCAGCAUUAGCAGAGAUAGAAAUGUUGUUGCACCGACGAGGGAAGAGUUUACGUGACUAUCCUCCAAUGCCAUGUCCAACGUCAAGCUCAACUUUGCUCCCCGAAAAUAGGUUGGUUCAAGAAGAGCUUCAAUAUGAUCGUCAAGCGAUGCAUGAGGAACACAAUACAUUGCUUCAAGGUCUGACCAGUGAACAACGCAUUGUUUACGAAAAGAUCAUAAACUCUGUUGAAACGGAAUGUGGUGGGAUGUAUUUUGUUUAUGGAUAUGGUGGAACUGGGAAGACUUUUGUAUGGAGAACUCUAUCGGCUGCAUUGAGAUCUAAGGGGGACAUAGUAUUAAAUGUGGCAUCAAGUGGCAUUGCAUCCUUGCUGCUACCCGGAGGUAGAACUGCGCACUCGUGGUUUGCAAUUCCAAUUAGUUUGAAUGAAGAUUCAACUUGCAAUAUAAAGCAAGGUAGUCCCCUCGCAAUGCUAAUUGCAAAGUGUAAAUUGAUCAUUUGGGACGAAGCUCCGAUGUUGCACAAAUACUGUUUUGAGGCGUUGGAUAGAAGUAUGCGUGACAUUCUGAGAUUCACCAACCCAAAUAGUUUAAAUUUACCAUUCGGUGGUAAGACUAUUGUGUUGGGAGGAGACUUUCGACAAGUGUUGCCUGUUAUUCCGCAAGGUAGCAGACAAGAUGUCGUUAAUGCUACAAUUAAUUCAUCUUAUCUAUGGGGGGAAUGCACUGUUCUUAGGUUAACGAAGAACAUGAGGCUCCAAAAUGUCAAUAGCCCUACAGAAUCUUAUGACUUGAAGUUGUUU